UUCUCAUAAUAGAGGGGGUGCGCACUUCCUGGACGGAGGGGGUUCUGUGCUGGGAAAAGGCGGAGGGUCUCCUGUACUUUUGUACCGUUGACAAUAUGCUCGGAAAUUAGUGCAGCACGUAAGAAGCGUCAACUCUCAAGCUAAACCAAAAGAAAAGACCACAAAAUAGUUUUAUUUCCGUUUAAGGGGAAGAGGCGGUAACACAGCGACAUGCACACGGGGGUGGAGUAUAAAAGCCAAAAUCGCACGUAUGGAGUGGCCAAUCCCGGUUAUAUGCCAGCAGCAGAAGGAGGGCCUGCAAUGUUCGCCCCACCCGCAGCUGGCUUGCAGGGCCCCACCGCUCCUCCAGCCAGUAUGUAUUUUGACAGCGUGCCUGGCUAUGAAGGAACAGUAGCUGGAGGAGGAGGCGGAUUUCUUCCUCCUCCCAUGCCUGCUUACCCUGCUCCUCAGCCUGAACCUGGACCCGAGCAACCACACUGGAAUAUCCCAUCUAUAAGUGAAGAUACUGCCCGGGAGGCAUUUGCCCUGUUUGCCUCCAGCAAGUGCUGCUACAGUUCAGCACCAGCAAAGGAUGGCGUGAUCACCAGCAUGGAGGCAUUCAAUACCUACAGGUACCGCCUGGAAACCUUCACUGAAUCAAGAUCUACAGAGUGGAGUCACAAGCCAUACAAUGGACAACCAGUGGAUGCCUAUUCCCAGUCACCUCCAGGGCCUUGGGAUAUUCCUGCCCAAGCUCCCAGUUUUUUUCUCGAUGGCCAACAGAUUAUCAAGGUUCCCUACACAUCAUCUGUGAAGAGCUGCCAUGUUUGUGUGGGAAUGGGGAGAAAACCUUGCAAAGACUGUGCUGGUGCCGGUAAUAAAGUUUGUUGGGUCUGCAAUGGAUCUGGUUACCGCCACGGAGAUGAUCGAUGCCACCACUGCAGUGGCAGAGGGAGGGAAAAUUGCAGCCACUGUCAAGGGCAAGGAUCGAAGCAAUGUGACACGUGUCGUGGAAAACAACAGCUUCUGGUCUACAUCAACCUCACUGUGAAAUGGACCAACAACUCUGAUAACUAUGUUGUGGAACAGUCAAGUGGACUGCAGGUGGACAACCUCAGCAAGGUGUCUGGCAAGGAGCUCUUCAGAGACUCUCAGUACAUGGUGUACCCAGUGAUGGGCUUCCCAGACCCUACAGUGGUGAAUGCUUCACAGCGCAUUGUCAAUGAACACCAGGGCAAGUACUCCCAGACAUCACGCAUUCUACAACAGCGUCAAACCAUAGAGCUGAUCCCUGUCACCAAGGUGACCUACUCAUGGAAAGGGAAAUCACACAUUUACUUUGUUUACGGGAAUGAGUUCAAAGUUAAUGCAGAUAACUAUCCUGCUACCUGUUGCUGUGCUGUAAUGUAAUUGCAAUGGUUGUGAAUGAAGGCCUUAACUUUCCAGAUCAUUGGAUAUCUAAAUAAAUCAGUUUUACUCAUAAGUCAGUUCUGCUGACACGUCCUUAUUAAAGUUGGAUGUUUACUGCAGUUAAAAAGAGGCAUUUAACCAAUGAAAUCUCUCAGAUUCGAUAGAACUGAUGUUGCCUCUUGAAUAAAUAGUGUUGAAUCUUCCACACAUACAGUCAAUUUACCUUUUACUAACUACUACAAGAUCACAAAUGAUUAUAAAGUUAUUUGUUACGUGCUAGUUGUAUGCAUGCACCACAGAAAUGAGCUGCUUACUGACAGAAUAUAAACCAUAAUUAUACUAUAUAUCCCUGAAUCCAAAUCUUUGCUCUUAAAUGGCAGCAGUCAAUUCUUUCUUAUCACCACUAAAAAAAACACACCUAUUUUCAUAUUGAACAUUAUUUUUGCACUAGUAAUACGUUUUUAUGUUACUAAUAUGUAUUUGAUCCUAACCCAAAACUAAUCGUUUUUAAGGUUCCUGUAAUUUUUUUUUUUGUUACCUGUGUUUGACCUUGCAGAACAUUAAGUGUAACUGUAUUGUAAUGUACUUCAUGUACUCGCUGAAUAAAUUGUAUUUCGCAAUG